CCUAACAUGUUUUUAUUUUGACAUUUUCUUAAAUGCGCGAAUUUUUACUACACAGUUCGGUUUUUGGUAACUGUUUUAAAUAAUGUAAAGGAUUUAUUAAUUGAAGUAUACGAUAUACCAUGGAUUUAAACUGGUGCAGAUUGUGUGUCAAUGUUGUUAAUAGCAGCAUUGCGCAGAAUUUAUUUGAAAACAGAGAAACUAUGCGAGAAGUUCAGAGCCUGCUUGGUAUUGAGUUACGAAAUGAUGUAGGCUUGCCACCAUAUAUAUGUGAAAAUUGUGAAACAAAUUUAGAAAUAGCCUAUAAAUUUCAAAUGAGGUGUUUACGAGCACAAAAUUACUUUUCCUCGAACAAAUUUCAGGAACGAUUAAGUGCACAAUAUGACUAUUUUUAUAAAAUCGAAAAGAUAAACGAUAUUUCGCAAACAAUGGUUGACCAAAAAAAUGAGGAAGUUGUUAGUGAUGAUGAUUUUACUGAAGAUAUAUCCUCAAAAACAGUUAGUUUCGAUUUUAAUGAUAUAAUUGAGGAAAGUUUAGAAAAUAGUAAUAUUAAUGUAGAAUCUGUAUCCGACGAAAGCGCAGUACAAACUAAACCCAUAUUUAUGUUAGACAAAAAACCUACAUUACAUAAAAAAUCAAAUCCAAAAAACACAACUAAUCGAACAUGGGUAUGCGAAUUUUGUGGUCGUAUAUUUACUGCACAUAAUCAUUAUCAUUAUCACAUUCGAAGACAUAAGGGUAUAAAAAAACACGCUUGCAAAUAUUGCCCCAAAAAGUUUGUGGGUAGUAAUGAGUUAAAAAUACACGAGCGUGUACACACUGGAGAACGGCCAUAUAGUUGUGUUUAUUGCGAACGUAAAUUUACAUGUGCAUAUCAAAGAAACCAACACGUGGGACGCAUGCAUACUAAUAACCGUCCAUAUAAAUGCGAAUUCUGCACUAAAGGCUUUACAAACAACAAGUGUUUAAAACAACAUUUACUGAUCCAUAAUAAAGACCGAAUCCAUAGCUGUAAUCUCUGUAACAAAACAUUUGCAUACGAAUGUAAUUAUCAUACUCACUGCAAAUCACAAACGCAUAAAGCAAGAGAGAAAAUGAUGAAAUCUAUAAAAGAUGAUUAAUAAAUGUAUAAUUAUAGAUAAAUAAGUGUAAAUAAAUAAAUAAAGAUUA